UCGAAGCAGUGUACACUCCCGUAGUCAGGACCAGGAGGCUAUGGAAUGGUGUAGUCAAGUCAAGUGACUCGUGCAUGAUCACACUGGACACGGUUGAGCCAAGGGCCAAAAUGGCUUGUGGACAUGCUAUAACACCUCGGGCCCUUUAUGACUAUUGUUGGUGUGAGCUAGAGAAAGGAAGUUCCAAAAUCACGUGUCCUUAUGUCACAAACUUCAAGGGAGAAACAUGCGGAUACAAGUGGAAUAGACAAGCUAUCACACUUUCUGCUGCUAUGUCCAAAACAGAAAAGAUGAUAUUUCAAACUAAGCUCGACAAAAAUCGAAUCAAGCAGCAAGAAACAGAGUCGAAAAAUGUGUACCCUGAUGACAUAAUGAUUUCGCUUCUCCAUCAUUCGCCAAAACUAUAUGUACAUGGACAAACGAACGGUUUAAGGCACCGGGCAUGUCCUAAGUGUUGGAGUAUAAUUGAACAUGCGGACGGAUGUUUGUCAAUGACAUGUCAGUACCCUUCUUGUGGCUUCCGUUUCUGCUUUAGAUGUCUAGAUGAAUACGGACCAGGGGUAGAUCAUCGUAAGUGCCUGCAGGCACCUUUACAAUUUGCAUCCGAUUGAAAGAGGAGAUUUGGUUCAAACCAUUUCACAUUGGAUGAACUAAAUUUAUUACAGUACUUGAUACCGGCUGAUACUAACCCACUUGUAUACUUAAAAGUGUCAGCUUUUCCUCUUUAACGCAAUCAAAUGUUUUG